UUUUAAAAUGUGUGUUUACAUUGAUGUCAUGUAGCUGUGGAUUUGACCUGCACAACGUUCAGAAGGAAUUUUAGACCAUUCUUCCUUACAGAACUGCUUCAGCUCAGCCAUAUUCUUAGGAUGUCCGGUGUGAACGGCUCUCUUGAGGUCAUUCCACAUCAUCUGUAUUGGGUUAAGAUCUGGGCUCUGACUGGGCCACUCAAAAAGGUGGAUUCUGUAGUGGAUUUACUUCGAUGUUUAGGGUCAUUGUCCUGCUGUAUCACCCAACUUCUACUGAGCUUCUGCUGGUGCACCGCCACACUGACAUUAUCCUGUAGGAUAUCUUGAUAGGGAAUUCAUUUUUCCCUCGAUGAUGCUAAGUGGUCCAGGCCCCGAAGCAGCAGAGCAGCCCCAAUUCAUGAUGCUCCCUCCACCGUACUUCACAGUUGGGAUGAAGUUAUUUUAUGUUGCAAUGGCAGAUGACGUUCUGUUUGAAUUCCUUCACAUGGCGAUUGUGGCUCACAUUUACAAGGAGCAGGCGACCCGAGAGGAUAUUGAUAAGGAGAGAGUGACAUGUGUAUCUACUCUAGAGUCAAUGGGCUUCAGAGUUGGACAAGGGCUGAUUGAAAGGUUUACAAAAGACUCCCCCAGUUUCAAAGAUGACUUAGACAUCAUGAAGUUCAUCUGCAAAGAUUUCUGGAGCACUAUUUUCAAAAAACAAAUUGACAAUUUGAGGACGAACCAUCAGGGCACUUACGUCUUACAGGAUAAUAAAUUUGCUCUACUAACUCAGUUUUCCACUGGAAAGCAAUACCUUGAGGAGGCCCCUAAAUACUUGGCCUUUUCUUGUGGAUUGAUUCGGGGAGCUCUAUCCAUCCUGGGCUUGGAGAGUGCUGUGACUGCAGAGGUGUCUUUAAUGCCAUCGUGUAAAUUCCAAAUUGUAGUUCAAAAAAUCUAGGACAGACUAAAUGAGCUGUGAACGGUAAUGUUUCAUUAAAUCAAAACUUUAUUAAUGGAAAUUACAUGGACCUAUAUACUAAAUGUUUACACCAGAAUGGCAGUUUACAACAUUAUUUUUGAUCAAAGUUAUGUUAUAUUUCAGUGAGACAGUUCUUAUUUUUUUUAACCAUUUUUAUUUAUAUAUAUCCAUAAGACUUAAAUUAAGAGUCUUGAUCAGUUUUCUAACAUCUGAAUGUCAUUUUCUACCUUGACACACUUACAGUUGAAGUCAGAAGUUUACAUACACUUUAGUUUGAAGUCAUUAAAACUCAUUUUUUUAACCACUCCACAGAUUUAAUAUUAGCAAACUAUAGUUUUGGCAAGUCGUUUAGGACAUCUACUUUGUGCAUGACAGAAGUAACUUUUCCAACAAUUGUUAACAGACAGAUUGUUUCACUUUUCAUUGACAAUAUCUCAAUUCCAAAUUAACUGUGCCUUUAAGCAGCUUGGUAAAUUCCAGAAAAUUAUGUCAAGCCUUUAGACAAUUAGCUUCUGAUAGGAGGUGUACUGAACUGGAGGCGUACCUGUCGAUGUAUUUUAAGGCCUACUUUCAAACUCAGUGCCUCUUUGCUUGACAUCAUGGGAAAAUUAAAAGAAAUCAACCAAGACCUCAGAAAACAAAUUGUGGAUGUCCACAAGUCUGGUUCAUCCUUGGGAGCAAUUUCCAAAUGCCUGAAGGUACCACGUUCAUCUGUACAAACAAUAGUAUGCAAGUAUAAACACCAUGGGACCACGCAGCCAUCAUACCUCUCAGGAAGGAGACGCAUUCUGUCUCCUAGAGAUGAACGUAGUUUGGUGCAAAAAGUGCAAAUCAAUCCCAGAACAACAGCAAAGGACUUUGUGAAGAUGCUGGAGGAAACAGUUAGACAAGUCUCUAUAUCCACAGUAAAACGAGUCCUAUAUCAACAUAACCUGAAAGACUGCUCAGCAAGGAAGAAGCCACUGCUCCAAAACCACCAUAAAAAAGCCAGACUACAGUUUGCAAGUGCACAUGAAGACAAAGAUCUUACAUUUUGGAGAAAUGUCCACUGGGCUAAUGAAACAAAAAUUGAACUGUUUGGCCAUAAUGACCAUUUGUUAUGUUUGGAGGAAGAAGGGUGAGGCUUGCAAGCCGAAGAACACCAUCCCAACCGUGAAGCAUGGGGGUGGAGGCAUCAUGUUGUGGGGGUGCUUUGCUGCAGGAGGGACUGGUGCACUUCACAAAAUAGAUGGCAUCAUGAGGAAGGAAAAUUAUGUGGCUAUAUUGAAACAACAUCUCAAGACAUCGGCCUGGAAGUUAAAGCUUGGUAACAAAUGGGUCGUCCAAAUGGACAAUGACCACAAGCAUACCUCCAAAUUUGUGGCAAAAUGGCUUAAGGACAACAAAGUCAAGGGAUUGGAGUGGCCAUCACAAAGCCCUGACCUCAAUCCGAUAGAAACUGAGUUUAAAUGUUUUUGGCUAAGGUGUAUGUAAACUUAUUACUUCAACUAUAUUACAAACAAAAUUAUUGUAAUGGAAAAUGACGGAAGCAUGUUUUUGAUAUAUGUUCAUAUCAAUUCACUGAAAAAUAUUUUGGAGUUCUCUUUUUAUACACAUUUAGCCUUUCUAAAUGAAGUUUUGCUAAACAUGAAUGGUUUACACUUUACAAGCCAUAAUUUAGUAAAGAUACACUUAGUGUUGAAAACAAUUAUGGAUUUCUUAUGUGUAUAUUUGGUGAAUUUGGACAUGUAUCUCACUGAUAAAGAUUUAAAGGAGUAAAAACUUCUACACCAGAAGAGGGCACCCUUUGUUAGUCUAAUUGUAUGCCUCUGGGGUGCAAAGCUUGUGUCUGUAUAUAAUGAAACUUUAAUGAGUAAACUUUUUGCACUUAUUUGCACCAUAUUUUGGUCUGCAAACUGUUUACUGCUGUUACCUCAGUUAAUAAAAGCUUUAUUUGUCUGUCUUAUUGGUACAAUUUUUAAAUAAAGAUAUGUCCUCAUUGGACUGUUUGUUUUCUGUA